AUGAGCAGGGUAAACAGUCUCCCAGAAUUACCAAGGGAACAGCUUCUCCCUAUUCUUCGCCACCUUGAUUUCCGAUCUCUAACAACACUUCGCCAAUGCUGCCGCAAAAUGGACCUAACAAUCCGAGAAGAAACCCAAAAAUUGGCGAAACGCCUAAUUCCGGCCAUCAAGAUCAGCUUUGAUGAAGUAAAGCACUGCUACCGUGUCGCGAUACGGAAUCCGGAUGACCCCAAGAAAACGACGCUCAGGCAUUUUGGCCGGAAGCGCAAGAUGCAAACGUAUCAACCGGAAAAACGUGCAAAAUGGGAUUUUUUAGGCCAGGAAAUGCUGGAUGCCGAAACCCCAAGUACCAGCGGGCAAAUCGAUCGCUCUCACCAAAUUGUCGCUUACCUCGAAAAAAUGGUACAUGGCUGCGAAGUGGGGAGUCUGAUUUUGGAGGAGUUGGAUCUCGAAUGCGGGUUGAUGGAGAAGCUACGGGUGCUUUUCGCUAGGGAAGAAAUAAGGCCGAGACGGGUGAAAUUGGAAUUUUGUCGGAUAACAAAAGCUGAGGAGUUGGGACGGUUUGUCAGCACUCUGUCUCCUUGCGAGCUAACCUUGAGCUACAUCAGAGAUUUGGACUCAAACCCCUUCAAAUACCUUGAAUCGACUACUCAAGCCCUUGAAUUCCUCGACGUGUCCAACCUAUCUUUUAUGCGCCAACCCAAAAAAAAACUUGAAACUGCCACCUUUUUGGGAAUGCUGAACACCCCGACGCUAUGUCUCGAUGUACCUGGAGAUAUUAGUAACAAGAAAUUCGUCAAAAUCUGGCAGCAAAAAGCAUCAAUGGCCCGAUUAAACUGGAGAAUAUGCCUAUCCGAAGAUGCGGACAUCGAAGUCUUGCAGCGAACAAUCACAAGAAUCGACGACGCCGUUAAAAUAUCUGUAUUUCGAAAGAAUUGUGUUGAUCUGGUCAAG